UGUAAAUCCCAAAGAGCCGCUCACCCACGGCCGAGCCUCCUUCUCGGGACUGUCCACCCUUUCCGCUCCUUGUUCCGCACAUCUAGAAUUCGAUCGGGACAAUCGGAACGAUCAGAAGACAUGGGUUCAAAUUCCACAAAAGGAAUGUCGACAUCAUCAUGCAGAGCAACCCAUCGACCCGAUAAGCUGAUAAGACCUCUUGUCACUGCUUUGAGCCGCCGCAAGCCGAACUGGUCCCCCCUGAUGUAAGGAAACGGACGGACGUGAACCUUCGGACUAAGCAACCCCCAAGCCCGUCUAUUCGAGCAGCUUCCGCCAUGACUGUCCGGGGCUGUCUAUCCCAUCUCCUACGAGCAAAUCACGAGGCGGCACAAGAGCAACCUGGUCGGAGCUGUCUCUUAUGCCGGUGUGCCAGACUGUCACGGGUGUCGACCCCGUUGCGUAAUCCUGACCGAGUGCUGUUUCUUACAAAUGUGCCCUCUGCUUCCCAUUAUCAUUUGCUAUCCCCUGUGCUAUCCUGACCCAACUUGACCUGCAUCGAUUGUCUGCCUGUCAGUUGCCGUUGACGACCAUGGCGUUUGGCGCAGCACAUGUCCAGCUUUGGCUGGGGCUAUUAGCAGUAGCCGGCCUUCUUUAUACAUCAUGUCUUGUCAUCUACCGCAUCUUUUUCCACCCAUUAGCGAAAUACCCAGGUCCCCUCCUGGCCAAGCUCACCGAUGCCUACAUGCUCUACUACGCCUGGCGAGGCGACCGCCAUCUUGAGUUCUGGCGCAUGCACGAGAAGUAUGGCAAAUUCGUCCGCUUCGGUCCCAACGCCCUCAGUGCAAACUCAAACACCGCCCUCAAGGAGAUCUACGGCUUCCGAGCCAACGUCAGGAAGGCCGAGUUCUACGAUGCCUUCGUCCACCCCGCUCCCAACACCCACAACGCCCGCGACAGGGACCUCCACGCUCGCAAGCGCCGUGUUCUGUCGCAUGCCUUCUCCGAUGGCGCCAUCAAAGAGGUAGAGCGCUACAUCCUGGCCAACAUCCGCACUUUCUGCGAGGCCAUCGGCGACUAUGGCCGUGCCAUCCAGGAUAAUAAGGGAUGGAGUGCGCCGAAGAACAUGUCCGACUGGUGCAACUGGCUGGCCAUGGAUAUCCUCGGUGAUCUAUGCUUCGGCAAGGCUUUCCACAUGUUGGAUAGGCCAGACAACAGGUACGCUGUUGAUCUCGUCGGUGUAGCUGCCCAGAGACAUCUCCUGUGCGGUACUAUGCCCAUUGUCAACAAGCUCUCUCUGGAUAAGAUCCUCUUCCACAAGAUCGCUGCUGGUCGCGCCAAAUAUAUGGCUUAUUCGCGCCAGCAACUGACCGAGCGCACUGCUCUUGGUGAUGAGACCGACCGCCGCGACUUUUUUUACCAUCUCCUCAAGGCGCGCGACCCGGAAACUGGGCAGGGCUUCACCACCCCCGAGUUGUGGGGCGAGUCCAACUUGCUGAUCAUUGCCGGCUCUGACACCACCUCUACCGCUAUGGCUGCCACUCUGUUCUAUCUCGUCCGCAACCCUGCCGCGUUGGCGAAGGUCACAGAUGAGAUCAGAGAGAAGUUCUCGUCUCUGGAGGAUAUCCAACUGGGUCCCGUUCUCAACUCUUGCCACUACCUCCGCGCCUGCAUCGAUGAGGCUAUGCGCUUGUCGCCUAGUGUUGGUGGUCUGUUGCCCAGAGAGGUCUUGGCCGGCGGUAUGACUAUCGACGGCGAGAUGGUACCUGAGGGAACGAUUGUCGGAACACCACAUUAUACCAUCCACCACAAUGCCAACUACUACCCCGAGCCGUUUGCCUACAAGCCAGAGAGAUGGAUUGCUUCUCCAGGUAGCGAGAAGGAGGCCGGUGUUAGGGAACAGGAGGUAGCAUUGGCUCAGAGCGCGUUCUGCCCAUUUUCGAUUGGACCAAGAGGGUGCAUCGGGAAGGGCCUGGCGUACGUUGAGAUGAGCAUCACCCUGGCGAGAGUGCUGUAUAUGUAUGACCUUCGCCGGGCGGUUGGUGUUGAGGAUCCAGGAGAGGGCAAGCCUGGGGCGGAGAUGGGCAGGGAGAAGCCGAGUGAGUUCCAGUUGGUCGACACAUUUACCAGCUUGAAGAAUGGGUGUAUGGUUGAGUUUAGGAGGAGGGACCUGUAA